AUGCGUGCUUUCCUCCAACGCCUCAACCCGCGAGCAUACUUCGCUGGGUCAUCAGCCCCUGAUACCACCCCCUACGAGCUAGUUCCCGAGUCUGAAGAAGAGCUCGGCGACAGCAUCCCCUUACUCCCCUCUUCAUCUACCCAAUCGCUCGACAAACAACUGGAACAGAUAGCACCACGGCGAAGACGAAGAAAAGAUUACCAAUGUGCCUCCCCUGCCCUGUUCGCGGGCAUCGCGCUGGGCGGGCUCUUCGCAGCCGUGGUCGUCUUAUGCGUCCUCCUUUUCCUCAGACAGCCGCCUGAGGAGCACAUACCCCCGCCCCCUCCUCCGCCGCCGCCAGUGUCAAACACCGACAUGUCCGACCCUAUCCUCGCCGCCCGCGCCCACGUUGCUGCAUUACGAGCCCGGCAACCGCAAACAUUAGUCCACGCAGCCUCCCGAUAUUCCCUCAAGACUGGGCGGUCUCCCCCUAGAAAUUACGAUCUCUGGUUCCAAUUCGCACGAGAGCAUGGCUGUCUCGUCGACGAAUACGACCAGAUCUAUCGCGACUUCAAGCCGUUCUACCAGCUGGCUGAGCGCGACCCAAUUUUCUUCCAGCGCAUGAUAGACGCUGCUUCUAAAAUGAUGGCCAACGAUGCGAAGGAAAUGGGGCGAUAUGAAAUCAAGAAUGGGAAGGUUAUCAGGCCAGAAGGGAAGCCGACGUCCUAUUGGGACACUGAGCCGCUAACUCUUGGCUGGUUUUCGCAUAUUCUUCCGGACCUCACUGUCAUUAUUAACGGCAAGGACGAGCCCAGAGUGGUCUUUGACGUCCGCCAAACUGGGGAUGCCAUCCGCGAUCGCGCCCUCAAGCUGACCGAGCAGAAUCCCUUCGAAGUUUCGCCCCAUCCGACCUACACAUACUUCUACAACAAGCCCGGAUGCACGAUUAUGCGGAGCAAGGACGGGUUUCCAGACGUUGCCAACGAUGAUAGUGCCUUCUUCUUGUCUAGUGCGAAAACACAGUGGACCGAAGACCUUUACCCAAUUCUCUCAAUGACCAAAGUCAGCCCUUGUUUUGCGGACAUUCUCUUCCCAAUUGAGUACUACUACACCCGCUCGUGGUGGUCACGUAAAUUCGGGCACGAGAACAAUAUCGCGUGGAACGACAAGCAGGAGAAGAUUUAUUGGCGCGGUACUGCCAGCGGCGGGCAGAUAUUCGACGACAACUGGCGUAACUUUACGCGCUUCAAGCUUGUAGACAAGUCCCACGCGCACCCGGACCUGCUGGAUGCCGAAAUCACGACUUUUGCGGACGAACUGUGUAUGGGCCGGCCAGAAUGUCAUCGUGAUCAGAUUAUGGCCGAGUAUAAGAUAACUGGGGCACUGACGCCGAAGGAAAAUGCGUACAAACACAAGUACCUUCUCGACGUCGACGGGAUGACGUUUUCGGGGCGUUUCUUGGGGCUAUUACGGUCAGGAAGUCUCGUAUUCAAGAUGACGGUGUUUGAAGAGUACUUCAACGAGUGGCUGCGGCCCUAUGAGCACUAUAUCCCUGUGGCUCCCGAUCUCUCCGACCUUUUCGAGAAGCUGGCUUGGGCGAAAGAACACGACGCGGAAGCGCGGAUGAUUCAGGAAAGGGGGAAGGCGGUGGCGGGGGGUAUAGUUACCGACGGGCAGAACGACUGCUACUUUGCGUUGGUGCUCCUUGAGUGGGCAAGGCUGCAGGAGAUCGCACGGAAUGCGACGGCGGGACAUCACUAA